AUGACUAGUUGGAAUGAUCUUAAAUUUGAAAAUCGUUCAAGAAAAGACAAUGAUAAAAUCUAUAGCAUGGCCACAUAUUAUAUUGCUCUUUGUUAUAUGCACGGAAAUGGUGUAGAACAAGAUAGAAAACAAGCUAUAGGUGUCACAAAAUAUCUAAAUGAUUUAAAUAAAUAUAAAGAUGCUUAG